AUGAAUAUUAAAACACUAGCAUAUAUCAAAAGAUGCAGUAAACAAAAAGGAUCCAGAAAUUUGCAAUUGACGAAUAGAUACCUUAAAGAGAAUAACCUCGUUGCGCUACCUUUCGAUAAGGGCAUCGGAAUUUACAUCAUGAAAGUAGAAACGUACAAUAAUAAAAUGAGUGAAAUCACCGAUUUACCUCAAUUUGAAAAACUCGUCGGGAGAAGGAAGAAUAAGAAGCACCCAAUGCUUAAAGAAGAAGAAAGAGUUUUAUCCAUGUUAAAGUUGUUGAAAGAAGAUAAUAAAAUCUCGGACGCAUUGUACGAUAAGAUGAAACCAGUAGGAAGCCAACCGCCACGUCUAUAUGGCCUAGCGAAGGUACAUAAGAAAGAUACACCAGUUCGACCAGUACUUUCCAUGCCUGGCUCAGCCUACUAUAAAAUUGGUAAUCAAGUUUCAAAAUGGUUAUCUGUUGUAAAGGAGUGCAAUAUCAAUUCCUCAACAAAGGAAAUUUCUGAUCUGUUAUCUCAAAUUCAACUUAAUACGAACGAAGAACUAGUUAGUUUUGAUAUAAAGUCUUUGUAUACAAACGUUCCGCUUGAUGAAGCCAUAAAUGAUUGCACCGAGCUUUUAUUUUCUGAUAAAUACGAACAGCCUCCUGUAGAUAAAGAAACCUUUAAAACCUUAGUCUCUUUGUGCAGUCGUGAUGUAGUUUUAUUAUCACACGAUGGUUAUUACAAGCAAAUCGAUGGCUUAGCUAUGGGCAGCCCACCAGCUCCACUUCUCGCUAAUGGUUGGCUAAGCAAGUUUGACUCUAUCCUCAAAGACGAUGCUGUACUGUAUUCAAGGCAUAUGGAUGAUGUUUUGAGAAACAUAGAACGUAAUAGAAUUGACGAAAAACUUCUACAAAUUAACGACCUGCAUCCGUCACUCAAAUUUACCAUUGAAAAAGAAGGGAAGAAUACGUCUAUACCUUUCCUGGAUAUGUUAAUUAUUCGUUCAAAUAACAAUUUAUCAUCGACAUGGUACACGAAAGCUACCGAUACAGGCCUGACGAUGAACUUUCAUUCACUGGCACCACGGAAAUAUAAACGGUCAGUCGUAUCCGGCCUAGUUCAUCGAAUACAUCGAGCGUGUAGCACAUGGUCGAAUUUUCACCAAAGUCUAGAAAAAGGUAAAACUGUUCUUGAGAAAAAUCAAUAUCCGAAAGCUUUCUAUGACCCGAUAAUUAAAAGUACGAUAUCUAAGAUUAUGGAAAAUAAUGAUAACGAGAAUCCUGAUGAAGAAAACGAGAAAGAAGAGUCUGAAGAGAAGAUGAUUUUCAUUCAAUAUCGUGGGCGAGUUUCGGAGAAAUUUGAAACUUCAAUGAGAAAGUUGAAUAUUCCGUGUAAAAUUAUUUUCACAUUGAAAAAGUUGAAAAGUUCUCUGCCUCCAUUGAAACCUGUAAUUGAAAAAUGUUUAAAAAGUUGUUUGGUAUACAAAAUAAAAUGUCCACGAUGCAACUCAUGCUAUGUCGGGCAGACGAGCCGACAUUUAAUCAAACGACUUAAGGAACAUAAAAGAACUGGUCCGGUGGGAAAGCAUUUCGACGAUUGCAAUAAUCUUUUAACAAUGGAAAAUGUAUCAAUUUUAUGUUCAUCAACACGGAACGUUUAUCAUUUAAUGACUCUUGAGGCGUUAAUAAUCAAUUACAUCAAACCGAUUUUCUUAUCUGAGGAUGGAUAA